AUGACGAUCCCAAUAGGUUUGGUUCAUCUUCUCAAACAUCUCCCGCCCAUCUUGGCACCAUCUCUGGUCACAUACGUUGCUUUACCGUAUGGCCUCCGACUGCUAUACCCUGCUACGCAUGUCUCUGGCCUGAUCGUCCUCUUGGCUUCCAUCAUCGCUUCAUCUUUAUAUCUGAUCAUAUCCGCAUUGUACACCAAUUUUUCAAAUCGCAACGCUGCCGCCGCCAAUGGCGCCGUCAUGCCUCCAUAUAUCGAGGCUUCAUGGGGCGGUGUGUCUACUAUCAAAGCGCUCGUCAAUAACUUCAAGAACGGAUAUCCGGGUGAUAUAUUCAUGGAAUGGUGCGAAAAAUACGGCAACACGUUCAGCAUGACGAUCUCCUCGGAAAACAGAAUCUUCACGACGGAACCUCAGUAUAUUAAGGCUCUCCUGGCAACUCAAUUCGAUGACUUCGAAAAAGGACCCGUUUCCUUCACGCAGAUGAACACGCUGCUCGGUACCGGCGUUUUCAACUCUGACGGCAACCGCUGGAAAUUUCAUCGGUCGAUGACCCGUCCUUUCUUCAGCAAGGAUCGCAUCAGUCACUUCGACGUCUUCGACAGGCAUGCUGAUGACGCUUUAAAUCAAAGCAAGGCUCGACUUGCUGACGGAUAUCCCAUCGACUUCCAGGACAUGGUAUCUCGGUUCACCCUUGACUCAGCCACGGAAUUCCUCUUUGGUCAGGACGUCCGUUCCCUCUCAGCCGGCCUUCCAUACCCGAGCUCUUCACCACUUUCCAUCACUUCCUCGAACGACUCUCACCCUGCCAAUGUCUUCGCCGCUGCUUUCAUCGAGGGCCAGAACGUUACGUCGCUACGUACACGAUACGGCAUAAACUGGCCACUUUUCGAGUGGAACGAUCGCGUACUACCGCACAGGACAAUAGUUAACCGGUUCAUCGACCCUAUCAUUUCGGCCGCCAUCGUUAAGCACAAAGCCCGUGUUGCCGUCGGGGAUGUCGCCGAGUCCAAGGAAGUUCAAGAGGAAGAGACCUUGCUAGAUCAUCUAGUUAAGAUCACGCAAGAUCACCAGACUUUGCAAGACGAAAUUUUGAAUAUCAUGAUUGCUGGCAGAGACACCACGGCGUGCACCCUGACUUUCGCAGUUUACAUGCUUGCGGAGAACCCACAUGUCCUUAAACGGGUUAGAGAGGAAAUCCUGGAUAAGGUUGGCCCUUCCCGACGGCCGACCCAUGAUGAUUUGCGGGACAUGAAGUAUCUCCGUGCAUUCAUCAACGAAACACUCCGCCUCUACCCUGCUGUCGCUCGAGUCCUAAAAUGUAACAACAGGACAUCGAGGCAUGCCACCCUCCUCCCCGCGAAGGCGCCUGGUCAGAAGCCAUUCUACAUUCCGCCAAUGACAAAGGCUGUCUACAGCGUGUUCCUAAUGCAUCGCCGCACCGAUUUGUGGGGCCCGGACGCCUUGGAGUUUGAUCCUGAUAGGUUCCUUGAUGACAGAGUUAAAUACAUCACAAAGAACCCGUUCAUAUUCCUGCCUUUCAAUGGUGGCCCACGGAUCUGCUUAGGCCAACAAUUCGCCUACCACGAAUCAUCGUUCUUCCUGAUUAGGCUCUUACAAAGGUUCUCCGACUUCAAAAUGGCGCAAGAUGUUCAACCGGGUUGGUCGAAGCCCCCUGCUGACUGGGCAAAAUGCCCAGGAUCCAAGGGCAAGGAAAAGGUGAUCCCUGGGGCUCAUUUGACGAUGUAUGUCAAGGGUGGACUAUGGUUAAGGAUGGAAGAAGUGAAGAACGCUGAGAGCACAUAG